UUUCAAGACGUUCGUUUGUCUGUUUUUUACCUGAUCCUAACGAUAUGUCUCAGCCCAAGCCGAUAUUGUAUUACGACGAGCGCAGUCCGCCCGUCCGCAGCUGUCUUAUGCUAAUCAAAUUGCUCGAUAUAGAUGUCGAGCUCAGGUUUGUGAAUCUCUUCAAGGGCGAGCAAUUCCAGAAAGAUUUCUUAGCGUUAAAUCCCCAGCACAGUGUUCCCACUCUAGUCCACGGUGAUCUGGUGCUGACGGACAGUCAUGCUAUACUCAUUCACCUGGCGGAGAAGUUCGACGAGGGCGGUAGUUUGUGGCCCCAGGAGCACGCAGAACGGAUGAAGGUUCUGAACCUCCUGCUUUUCGAGUGCUCCUUUUUGUUCCGACGUGACAGUGAUUUUAUGGUGAGUGUUUCGCAACUAAAACUAGGUGUUUACAUAUUUUGUUUUUAUUUUUCCCAGUCGGCGAUUGUCCGCCAGGGAUUCGCCCAUGUCGAUGUGGCACAUCAUGAACGCAAGCUGACCGAGGCGUAUAUUAUCAUGGAGCGCUACCUGGAAAAUAGCGAUUUUAUGGCCGGGGCACAGCUGACGCUCGCCGACUUAUCCAUCGUGACCACAUUGAGUACCGUCAAUCUCAUGUUUCCCCUGUCCCAGUUCCCACGUCUGCGGCGCUGGUUCACCGCGAUGCAGCAGCUGGAUGCCUACGAGGCCAACUGCAGUGGCUUGGAGAAGCUCCGCCAAACGAUGGAGAGCGUCGGUAGCUUUCAGUUCCCAUCUUCAACCGCGAUAGUCGCCGAGAAGGUGGAGUAGCACUGGUUAUCAUCAAAAGGCUUGUUUAAUUAAGCAUUGAAUCGGAUUUAAUUUGAUGGUUGCGCCGCACGUGUGGAUUUUUAAUCUCCUACAUUUCUAUAAAUUGUAAAACAUUGUUUAAGUUAUUGUUAGCAUCUAUUAAAAUUUAAAUUCAAAGAUAAAUAAACCGAUUCAUGCCAGAUAAUAAU